AUGUCUGCCCAACAAGAAAUGGAAUUAAAUGACUACAUGAGAGAAGAGAAUGAUUUUUUUAUUGACAACGAAAAGAAAAGACAAGAACAAAUCAUAAAAAAACAAGAUGAACAAUUAAAUAAGUUGAGUGAAAAUAUUAAUACAGUCCAUGAAGUUAGUUUAAUUAUUAAUGAUGAAAUUUCUCAACAAGACCAAAUUAUUAAUGAGGUUGCUGAUAAAGUUGAUCAUACUGAUUCAAGAAUUGUUUCAACCAGAAAAAAAAUUGACCAAGUUAUAGAAAAGAGUAGUAGUUUGUUUAUUUUAUAUAUCUUUUCAAAUACUAAAAUAUCCUAA